UCCGACUUGCGUUCAACUUUCCAAUCAACUUCAAUGUCAAAUCGCGCUUGCUCAUCGUGUGAGGCCUCACUCCACAAAGUUCCUCAAGUCGGCAGCUCGGCCAAGAUCAAGAGUCGUUGGGAAAAGUAGUGCAGAUGCUGUCGGUCGUGACGAAUCUCCUACGACGGUCGGUUUUCACUUCAACGGCGACACUGGGACGGAAAGCGAGCGCGAUGCACCUCGAGAAGCAAACAAAGGAAUUACUGAAGCUGCCAGCGCAGGAAGUCAAGGAUUGGCUCAGCAACUUCGACGCUAUACUCACCGAUUGCGAUGGCGUCCUGUGGCUUUAUAGCGAUGUCAUUGAGGGCAGCAUUGAAGUGGUCAAUAAGUUCAUCCACUCUGGGAGGAAAGUCUACUUCAUAACAAAUAAUUCAACCAAAACUCGAGAAGAGUUUCUCAGCAAAGCGCAGCAGAUGGGCUUCUGCGUGGAUACAGAUAAAAUCAUCUCCACUGCUCAUCUGGCAGCGAAUUACUUGAAAAGAAUGGAAUUCAAUAAGACUGUCUACAUUAUAGGCAGUAGUGGAAUAAAAAAGGAACUGGAUGCUGUCGGGAUUUCAAGUUUUGGUGUUGGACCAGAUACGCUAAAUGGCGGACUGAAGAACUUGGUCGAUAAUGAAUUGAAACGAAACUUGAACAGUGAAGUUGGCGCCGUCAUUGUCGGUUUUGAUGAACAUUUCAGCUUUCCAAAACUUGCGAAAGCUACGUCAUAUUUGAACAACGCGGAGUGCCUAUUUUUGGCUACAAACACAGACGAGCGAUUCCCCAUGACUUCUUGCGUUAUACCUGGUACAGGGUCAAUUGUGAGAUCGGUCGAAACGGCCGCUGAACGUCCGGCGCUUGUGAUGGGAAAACCGAAUACAGCUUGUUGUAAACAUUUGAUCGACGAUAAAAUUAUUGUGCCUGAGCGAACAUUGAUGAUUGGCGAUAGGUGUAACACAGACAUUCUGCUUGGCACAAAUUGCGGAUUCCAAACGCUGCUCGUAGGCACUGGUGUGCAUAAGAUGGAGGAUGUACAAAAAUGGCAAAAAUCAGGAACAGCGGAGGAGAAAAAGCUAAUACCCGACGCGUACCUACCCAGAUUGGGGGACUUACUGCAAUUCAUAGACAGUUAGGAUUCGCCAAGAAUCCUCCAAAACCGAUGAUUACCGUUGUAUACAUUUAGCAAAAGUAUUUUUUUCACAUAAGAUUAAACGGUUGAAAUAUUUAUUAUAUUUUAGUGACACUAAUUCCUACGCACUUCUCUCUUGUGUAGCAAUUUAACGGAUUCAAUCUGAUUUUCUAUUAAAUUGUAUAUUUUUUUUAUUUAUGGAAAAUAGGAUAACGCUUAUGCGAAUUGAAUUUAGAUCCAUGUAUAUUUUGGAUGGUACAAAGAAUAAAUUGAAUGUAUGAUUGAAA